UGCUUUCAGGAAAGGGUAAACAGAUUGAUCGUAAAUAAGAGGGUGGGAGUGGGUGGAUAGAGCAGAUAUAAACUCAUCAUCAUCCCUCCAGGACUCCAGUGGAAGAGAGCUUGAAGAUGGGGGACACAACCAUUCUCGUGCUGAUGCUCGCAGCGUGUCUGCCGCUUUGCAGUGGAGCUCCUGCAACAUCCGAAGCAGAUCAGGAGAAAGCUGAGGAAUAUUUGAAGCAGUUCUACUCGAAUCCCAGCACUCCGUCCAUCAGUGGGAGACGAGUAAAAGUACAGGACUUUGAGUCUGUCCUGAAAAAAAUGCAGGAGUUUUUUGGACUCCAAGUGACGGGCAAGCUAGACACCAACACCAUUGAGGUGAUGAAGAAGCCACGCUGCGGUGUUUCCGAUGUUUCCAACUUCGGACAUUUCAACGGCAAGCCCAAGUGGGAUAAGCAGACUAUCACAUACAGAAUAACCGAGUACACGCCAGAUCUGAGUCAGAGGGAAGUAGAUGCCACGAUUGCUCAGGCGUUCAAGCUUUACAGCGACGUCACUCCACUCAGCUUUAAGCAGAUCUACAGCGGCACGGCCGACAUCAUGAUUCUCUUCAAAGCCAGAAAUCAUGGAGAUUUUCACCCGUUUGAUGGGCCGGGUAAAGUUCUGGCUCACGCCAUGUCUCCUGGUGCUAAUGAAGGAGGUGAUACACACUUCGAUGAGGAUGAGAAAUGGACUCUGAGCUCAGCAGGUAUAAACCUGCUCCUGGUGGCUGCACAUGAGUUCGGCCACGCUCUAGGACUGGAUCACUCACAAGAUUCCUCGGCUCUCAUGUACCCUACAUACAAAUACGUCAACACUCAGGGAUACCAGCUGCCUCUGGAUGAUAAACAAGGAAUCCAGGCGCUCUAUGGUGCUCGUCAAACCCCAAAUCCUCAACCACAACCCAAACCACAGCCUCAACCAAAUCCACAACCAGGAGCAAAACCACCAGCACGGUGCAGUCGUGACUUAGUGUUUGAUGCUGCAACCAGCAUAAGAAACGAACUUUACUUCUUCAAAAAUAACUAUUACUGGAAGAAAAGCAGCCGGAUGAAAGAUAUUCCCCAGACUCUAAUCAGAUCCACGUGGCCUUCCAUCACAUCUGUGGAUGCAGCUUAUGAGCUAAAAGGAAAAGGCAUCAGUUACUUUUUCAAAGGUCAGAACUACUGGGCUGUGACAGCAACCUCCGUUUUACCCGGAUAUCCGAAGAACAUUUUACAUUUUGGCUUUCGGCCAUUGGUCACAAAGAUCGACGCUGCAGUGCACGUGGCAUCCACAAGACGCACACUGUUUUUUACUGGGGAUAAAUAUUGGAGCUUUAAUGAGAACACUGGAAAGAUGGACACCGGUUUCCCCAAACCCAUUUACGUUGAUUUCCCUGGAAUCGGCUCCAAAGUGGACGCUGCUUUUGAAAACUACGGUUUCCUGUAUUUCUCUGAUGGAGCCAGACAAACAGAAUACAAAUACAGCAGCAGAAGUGUGAAUCGUGUACUGCUGAAUUACGGAUGGCUGAAUUAUAUUCCAGAAUCCCAGGACCUUGUGUCCCACAUGUACAGUAGCGAAUGGCUAUGCAGGAGAGGGUGGGUGUGGGUGGAUACUGCAGAUAUAAAUCAUCCACCCAGGACACCAGAAGAAGAGAGCUUGGAGAUGAAGGACACGGCUGUUCUCGUGCUGGCGCUCACAGCAUGUCUGUCGCUUUGCAGCGGAGCUCCUGCGAUGUCCAAAGACGAUCAGAAGAAAGCUGAGGAAUAUCUAAAAGAGUUCUACUCGGAUUCCAGCGCUUCGUCCAUCCACAUGAGUCAAGUCAACAUGCAGGAUUUUGAAACUACCCUGAAGAAAAUGCAGGAGUUUUUUGGGCUUCAGGUGACAGGAAAGCUAGACACAGACACCAUUGAGGUGAUGAAGAAGCCACGCUGCGGUGUUUCUGAUGUUUCCAAUUACGGACAUUUCUAUGGCAAACCCAGGUGGCAUAAGCAGACCAUCACGUACAGAAUAACCGAGUACACACCAGAUUUGAGCCAGAGGGAAGUGGAUGACACAAUUGCUCAGGCAUUCAAACUGUACAGCGACGUCACUCCGCUCGACUUUAAGCAGAUCUACAGCGGCACGGCCGACAUCAUGAUUCUCUUCAAAGCCAGAAAUCAUGGAGAUUUUCACCCGUUUGAUGGGCCGGGUAAAGUUCUGGCUCACGCCAUGUCUCCUGGUGCUAAUGAAGGAGGUGAUACACACUUCGAUGAGGAUGAGAAAUGGACUCUGAGCUCAGCAGGUAUAAACCUACUCCUGGUGGCUGCACAUGAGUUCGGCCACGCUCUAGGACUGGAUCACUCACAAGAUUCCUCGGCUCUCAUGUACCCUACAUACAAAUACGUCAACACUCAGGGAUACCAGCUGCCUCUGGAUGAUAAACAAGGAAUCCAGGCGCUCUAUGGUGCACGUAAUGGUGGAGGUGGUGGUAAGUGCGAGUGCACAUGUCCACAACCAACUUCACAACCCCAACCCAAUCCACCAGAGCCAUGCAACCGGGACUUAGUGUUCGAUGCUGCAACCAACAUAAAAAACGAGCUUUACUUCUUCAAGAAUGACUAUUACUGGAAGAAAAACAGCCUGAUGAAAGAUAUUCCCCAGACUCUAAUCAGAUCCACGUGGCCUUCCAUCACAUCUGUGGAUGCAGCUUAUAAUCUCAAAGGAAAAGGCAUCAGUUACUUUUUCAAAGGUCAGGACUACUGGGGUGUGACAGCAACCUCCGUUUUACCCGGAUAUCCCAAGCAAAUUUCACAGUUUGGCUUUCCUGCAUCAGUCAUGAAGAUUGACGCUGCAGUGCACGUGGAAUCCACGAGACGCACACUGUUCUUUACUGGGGAUAAAUUUUGGAGCUUUGAUGAACUCUCUGGAGAAAUGGACGCUGGUUUUCCAAAAUCCAUUAAAACAGAUUUCCCAGGUAUUGGCUCCAAAGUGGAUGCUGCUUUUGAAAACUACGGUUUCCUGUAUUUCUCUGACGGAGCCAGACAAACGGAAUACAAAUACAGCUACAGAAGCGUGAAUCGUGUGCUGCUGAAUUACGGAUGGCUGGACUGCUACUAAACAAAUUGCCACAAUAUAAAACAUUUAACAGAACACACUAUAAUAAGUUACAGAAUACGCCCUUGUGUUUAUAGAGUAGAAAUUUAGGCAGCAUUUCAGACGUUUUUGGCAUGUCUUGAUGAAAAGGGGCGGGGUCAAGUAGCUGCGUUCCUACAUGGGCGGGGCCAGAAAAAAUAAGUCCGGAAAUGUAGAAACUAGACAUGAGAAAAUAGACAUGAGUAAUUUAUUUUGAAAGCAAUUUUUCUAACGAUUUUUUGUUUCUAAAUAUUACACACUGUACAUACUCUAAACUAAACUCUUUUUUUAAAUAAAACUCUCUGUAAGUAACAAAAAAACAAUAAAAAUAAAUAAAUAAAAUUUCUUGUGAACUCUCA